AUGAAGAAGCCUCCCUCUGUGGAUCAGAGUCUCAACACGUCCUCCAUGUUGUCCAGAUUCACAGAUAUGCUGACUGUGUUAAAAACUACGACUGCUGAAGCAGCAGCAGCACCGACCGCAGCCACAGAGGAGUCCGACGAGGGGAAGGGGAGCUCCACACCCCUCUUCCUCAGGCCCCACAGUGAGUCCCAGGGAGACCAGAAGACUCUCAACAACGAGCUCACCACCAGAAACCGGCCCAGAGAGAACCGCUGCCGUCUCCCCCGCGACUCCCGCCUCACGGGAGGAAGACGACAGGAAGCUCAACAGUCCACAUCCUCCACGUGGACGUCAACGAGAAGCGUCUCUCGGGAGACGCCGAGGUCAGAGGUCAACGCCUCCCCCCGCACCACAGCGGUGACCUCGCUCACGGCGACGGCCGAGGUCGGAUCUGAAGAGGAGCCGCACGGAAAGUCUGAAACAGCAGAGGAAGCUCCUCGUGAGGAGGAGGAGGAGCUGGCAGACAGUUCGCAGGAGAAAGACGCAGAUGACUGGGGAGCGGCUCAGAAGAGGACGGUGCCGUUCUUCGCCUGGUCGCUGCUGGACUUUAAGCGCAUUUUGAAGGCGUCUGAAUCCCGUUGUGCGUCUCUUGAGGAGUUUGAAUGUGUAAAACCUGUGUUUCCUCCAAAAGAGUGCAGUCGCUCCUUCACCCUGUACGGCAGCGAUGGGCGAGCCCGGCGGGAGAUGCCGGCUCUGGGGGAGAUGCUCCACUGCCUGACGGGUCGAUGCCCGCACGAGUACGAGAUGUACGGCUGCUACUGCGGACAGGAGGGCGGGGGUCGACCCCAGGACCAGCUGGACAGGUGCUGCUUCUUCCACCGGUGCUGCCUGAAGCAGAUCAGCUCCAUGGGCUGCCGCUCGGAGAGGAAGCUCAGCGCUCACGUGUCCUGUGAGAGCGGGAAACCACGGUGUCAGGGCGUCACCGUGUGCGAUAAGCUGCAGUGUGUGUGUGACAGAGCCACCGCGGAGUGUAUGGCAGCGUCCCACUUCAACCACAGCCUGCAGCAGCAGCAGUGCCGCAGCCCCGUCCCCCCCUGCCGCCGGGCCAGCCGGCCCCCCAAACCACAGCUUUCCCCUCAGUCCAGCGAGGAGAGCGAGGAGGCGCAGGGAGGAAGCUCUGAUGUGAACGUGGGGGAGGAGGAGACGCACACUAACACACCUCCUCCUCUCCAAGUGCACAACAGUGAUGAAAGCUCCGACCUGAAGGACCACCAGAACUCAAAGGAUCCUCCAGCUGGAUCGUCUGGCAGCUCCACACCUCCUCCUCCUCCUCCUCCUCAUCAUCUUCCUCCUCCCUCCAGUGAGGAGGGCAGAGAUCCACCGACACACAGCGGGGUUCAAACCCACAACCACAGGCCGAGUGCAGAGAGACCGGGAGGGAGCGGGGUGAAAGAAGAGGAAGAGGAGGGAGGAGGAGAA